AUGUCCACCAAUGUCGGAUCUGCUGGUGAUAACCAUGCCCCAGACCUAAACAUCGAGAGCACCACGGCUUAUAAUGAAAAGUCCGCUGUCGAUGUAGACGGUGAAAAAUUUGACCCAGAGGCCGCGAACUCGACAAAGCAUACCCGAGCAGGCUCAGGUCAAGAUGCCCAGCAAGACUCGAUGCCAGAGGAUGCGGCGUAUCGAACGGCGUCCACCGUGGCCCCGUCGCAGAGGUCAGCCCGAAGAGACCCUGUCAGUCGAGUAACGACUGACCCCGAGGGAAACACUUAUCCCGAAGGUGGGCUUGAAGCCUGGCUGGUCGUGCUGGGCAGCUUCCUCGGCCUGGUUGGAUCUUUGGGACUGGUCAACAGCAUAGCUACGUUCCAGGCAUACAUCCAAACCCAUCAACUCAAGGAGUACAGCUCAGGAAGCAUUGGUUGGAUCUUUGGAAUGUUCGCCUUCUUGACCUUCUUUUGCGGAGUGCAAAUUGGCCCCAUCUUCGACGCACGAGGUCCACGUCUGCUUGUCCUCGCUGGUUCUAUCUUUGAAAUGGCGAUGAUCAUUUUGAUCGGCUUCUGCACGAAAUAUUGGCACUUCAUGCUGGUCAUCGGAGUUCUGGGCGGAGUGGGGGCAUCUCUGAUCUUCACGCCUGCAAUCUCUGCGAUCGGUCACUACUUCUACGAGAAGCGUGGAGUUGCCACUGGCAUUGCUGCAACUGGUGGUUCUGUUGGAGGUGUUGCCUUCCCUCUGAUCAUGGAGGCCCUGUUCCCGAAAAUCGGCUGGGCAUGGGCAACUCGCGUUAUCGCGUUGAUAUGCCUCAUUGUCCUGGGAGUUGCAAAUCUCCUCAUCCGAUCCAGAUUGCCUCAGAAGCCGUUCUCGAAGGAAAACGUGCUACCUGAUUUCCGAAUUUUCCGAGACACGAGAUUCGCACUCACGACUGCCAGUGUCUUCUUCAUCGAGUGGGGUCUUUUUGUACCCAUCAGUUACAUUUCGGUGUAUGCUCUUGACCAUGGGUUCUCCACUCAGAUGUCGUACCAAAUCAUCGCCAUCCUGAAUGCCGGUUCAUUCUUCGGCCGAUGGCUUCCAGGAUUCUUCGCUGAUUUCCUGGGUCGCUUCAAUACCUUAAUUGUGACGGUUGCGCUCUGCUUACUCUGCAAUGCUUGCUUCUGGCUACCCGCUGGCAGCAGUCUUGCAUUGCUCAUUGUUUACUCGGCCUUCUUCGGCUUCGCAAGUGGAAGCAAUAUCAGUCUGACUCCCGUGUGUGUGGGCCAGCUUUGCAAAACUGAACACUAUGGCCGGUACUAUGCAACUGCCUACACCAUUGUGAGUUUCGGUACUCUCACCGGAAUUCCCAUCGCAGGUGAGAUCUUGUCUCGCUGCAAUGGGUCCUACUGGGGUCUAAUCACCUUCACAAUCUGCUGCUAUGCGGCUGGUCUUGCGUGCUGCACUGCCGUGAAGGUCAUCCACGUCGGCUGGCGCAACCCCCUCGCAGUCUAUUAA